UUUUAAAUUAUACGUGUACUUAUACAUGUACUGUCGACAGGUUAGUACAUGUAGAAUAAUCACUGUUGUCUUUUGUUUUCUCGUUAUUACACUUCUGUGUUAAUGUUUUAAUCCCAUAAUGAAAUUCACUAAUCUGGACAGAAAAAUACAGCUGACGCUUGAUUGUGGCCAAAAAAAUUUUGGUAGCACCAAAUGUAAUCAGUGUCAAAUGAUAUACACAACUGGUGAUAAAGAAGACAUUAAGGCGCACAAGAAAUACCAUCGAUCCAAAUUAUUUCCAAUUGUCCGAGUACCAAGAGGUCACCAUGAACAUAUUAUCCAGGAAAAUUUUGAUGGUUCUCGUAUUGUGGAGCUUUUGACUGAUGGUCGACUCGGACAAAGCUUCUAUGAGAAAAUAGCUUCGCUAAUGAAUGAUGACCUUGGCUAUGACCGACCCUUGGCAGAUAGUAAAUCUUUGUCUAGUAAUCAGACAGGGACUAGUCUGCAGUCUGAUUGGCGCGUUUUUGUUUACAUCAUUGACCGAACUCAGCAAGUGGUAGGCUGUUGUGUUGUCGAAGAACUAACCGAAAAGAAAUUAUCUGCCAAAGGUUACAAACUAAAUCGUUUAGUUGGUGGACGAGAAACUCUCUUAUCUUGGAGUGUUCAAAGUGUUGACAAAAACCGGACUACUAAUUAUAACUCAGUUCCCUCAUAUCCUGAUGUUUCCUCACCUGCAGAUCUAAACGGACCAAUAUGCGGUGUUCGUAGACUAUGGGUGGAACAGAAACACAGGCGGAAAAGAAUAGCUACAGGCUUAUUGGAUGCUGUUUUACAAAAUUUGAUAUACAGUUUUCCACUCUCCCGUACACAAGUUGCUUUUGCUGAACCAACCGCAAACGGCGCAGACUUCGCUGUGUCUUAUGUAGGCCGUGAAGAUUUCCUAUUAUACUGACUUUCAGUUUUUAUGAUGAAUAACAAUGCAUCAAUAAUUUUUUAACUGUUUGAACAUUUAUUAGAAGUUUUUAAUGUCAGAAUACUGUAUUAAUUUACUUCGUUUAUAUACCAAACUUCCCUCUGUUAAUGAGAUCAUG